AUGGCCACAUACUUCGUAUACGCGGUGCGCCAGCUGCCGGCGCAGCGACACCUGCUGGCUGGCGAGCAGUACGAGCUGGACGCCUGGAUGUCCACAGGAGCCGGCAGUGUGUCCAACGCCCUCAGCAUCAGUGGCCGUCAGCGCAUACAGAUUGCCCUGGAUGCAGCUGCUCUACUGACGCCCACCGUCGUGCUGAGCGAGGGCUUUGUGACGGCGCCGCCCAGGGUGCCGCUGCCACAGGUUUCUCUGACCAUCAGUCCAGCUGCAACCGGCAUGUGCAUCUCAAACUCCCCAACUUGCACGGCCGGCUUUGUGGCCUUUCAAAGCCCCACCCCCUGGAUCCUCUCGCCCGGGAACGGCCCCAAGACGGUAUAUGUGUGGAUCCGCGACGCAUCGGGCAAUGUCUCCCUAAACCCAGGCAUGGCCUCGGCCGUGCUUGACCCGAAGUCCGCCCUGCUGGCGUUCAGCCCAACGGCUGACGUGGUUGCUCCCAAUGUUGUCAGGAAGAACACCGUGACCCUGGCAGUGACGGCAGUAGCAAAGCAGAUGUGUGUUGUGGACAAACCCGUCAAGGUCCCCAGCAAGUGCCCCAAGUGGGAGCCCUACUCAACUACCAAGGUCCUUCGCAUUGGCGGCGAGGGGCUGCGCACGGUGACGGCAUACUUCCGCGACGUGAAGCCAACCAAGAAGAAUAAUGGCACCACCUGGGGACCGGGAACCCUCACCGUCCUCUACGACAAGACGGCCCCGAGGAUGGCCCCCGCCCAGGUCGGCCUGACCGGGAAAUACGACGCGGGCGCUGGGAAGUUCACGGUGACGUUCCAGGCCGCAGGGACCGACGACAGGAACGCCAAAACCAAGGGAUCAGGGGUGAAGGACUAUUUGCUCGUCGGCAAUCCCACAAAGGCGCCUACGGCACGGUGCGGCUCGGCGGCGGAUACAAAGCUGCCAAUCUCAUACUCAAGUGAUGGCAAGACAGGGACCGCGUCCAUCGACAUCCCUGCCUCAGAGGUGUCAAAAUACAAGCUGCGGCUUUGUGCUCGUGAAAAGGUUGGCCUAGUGUCCCCUGGGGUCAUCCUGGCUGCGAAGCCAUGA